AUGUCGGUGUUCAAGCGUCGCGGCGCUGCGCAGCGGAGCGCGCCGCCUGCGGAGGGUGUGCGCACGCCAUCGUUUAAGUCGCCUGUGCCGCUACUAUCGAGUGGUAUACCAGCACUUGAUGAUAUUCUUUUGGGCGGCGGAAUUUCGUCGGGAUCUGUACUGACAUUUGUCCCUUGUGCAGAUACGGCGACGGCCAGCGUUGCCCAGCUUGGCGCGACGUCUGUGCACGAUGGUGUGCGCGAUGCGGCAGACGCAUUUUGCCUUGCUUUAGUGGAGCCAUACACAGAUCUACUUCUUUCUUACAGUGCAGCACAGGGUAUCGUGUCGCAACACGUGUCUGUUGUGCUUGGCGAUGCGCCCGACGCAUUUCUGGAGGGCCUAAUGGGCGUAGCGGGCGAAGCAGAGCCUAAAAAAGAAGCGCUAGUGGAAGAGACUACAGAGGAUGUGCAGCGCAUGAAAAUUGCGUGGCGCUACGACCACAAACAGCGCGCCGAAUCGCUCACUACUCCGCAAGCAGCGCCGUUCAGUAGCGUAUUUGAUUUGUCGAAGCGUAUGGCGCCGACCGUACUUGACCAGAGGCGUGAUAAAGGAAUGCUGUAUACGUUCGACCCAUCGUUAUCCAACGGUGACCCAUUUGCAGGCGCUUGGGCUACGAUCGAGAAGGCUUUGACCAAAUGUCACGACAUGGCAUCGCCAGUGCUGCGCAUUCAUUUGCGCAACUUUGGAUCACCGUCGUGGCACCAUGGGAUUGCAUCGCACUUGUUUCGUUUUCUUCUGCAACUUCGGCGCCUUGCACGGACACUGGCGUUGCCAGAUAAUGGAAAACUUGCAGUGCCAUGCUUGGUUACCGUAUCCUUGUCUGCAUUCACCGCACAGAUGCCGGCAGAUGGCGCAAAUGUAGUUAACCGUCUUGCGCAUUUGUCUGAUGCAUGCAUAGGCCUGUCAUCCUUCGCGGCAUCGCCAGGUUUGCGCGAUGUAUUCCCGGAUUUCACUGGCGCUCUCCGUGUAUUUCGAACGCAGGCGAUUGGAAUGCUCGCCAAUCCUUCUUUGCGUGCGUCGGUGCUACGUGGGAUGGGUGCUGGCAUGGCACCAUCUGGCGUCACAGCGCAUGGUGAGGGUGGUGCAGGUGGUGGUGAGAACAAUUUGGCGUUCAAAGUAAGGCGUAAGCGGCUCGUAAUCGAAACGCUGCAUUUGGAUAUUGAAGGCGGUGCGCGUGAGCAGCGACAAAAGCCAAAAGAGGAUGCUCAGCCACGUGCUGCGCAUAGGGCACCUGCAGCGACUUCUGCAACCUCGGCGCUUACAUCGGCGCCUGCGCCUGCUGUGCCCACUGUACCAAGCGCAUCACCUGCUCUUGCGCCAAAAAUGCCUGCUUUUUCCGGUCUAAAAAGCCUUCGAGUGCGCGGCUUGCAGUCUAUGCAAGGCGAGCCUCGGCCAGAAGACUAUGAAUUUUAG